AUGGCGCGGUGGUUGUCAUUCUUUGCAGAAUACAACUUUACGGUCGAGUACAAACCAGGACGACUUAAUGUCGUCGCUGAUGCACUCUCACGUCGUCCCGACUUUGAAACAGUCGCGAAACCCAACAGUGAGACAGUCACUGUUGCGGUUAUGACGUCCUCAGUCCCAUCUACAACGUUGUAUGAUGAUGUGAGGCGGGCAUACGCCCAAGAUGCCGUUUCUGGUGACACACCACGUGUUGUCAUUCCAGAUGAUAUUGAUCUGCGUUUGCGGAUCAUGUUCGAGUAUCACGAUGCUCCUAUAGGAGGACAUCGUGGCCGAGAGAAAACAUAUCUCACGGUGAGUCGAGACUUUUACUGGCCCCGCCAGUAUCAGUUUGUGCGAAAGUAUGUUCGCGCAUGCGAAGUCUGCCAACGAGUGAAGUCAAGUCCUUCACUGCGUGCACCUUUACAGCCUCUACCGGUUCCGGCUGAGUGCUGGGAAUCCAUCUCAAUGGAUUUCGUCUUCGGGUUACCCAAAGACGCACGCGGGAAUACGGGUAUUCUCGUAUUUGUUGACAGAUUCAGCAAAAUGGUACACCUUGUGGCUGUACCAGAGACAAUCACGGCAAGUGGCUGUGCUUGUGUCUUUAUUGACACCAUCUUCCGACUUCAUGGGUUGCCCCGUGAACUCGUAUCAGACAGAGAUCCACGAUUCACUGCUGAUUUCUGGCGUUCCGUGUUCAAAUCACUCGGAACGCGCUUGAAGAUGUCAACAUCUGAUCAUCCAGAGUCAGAUGGUCAGACGGAACGUGCCAAUCGUGUCCUUGAAGAGAUACUUCGAGGAUACGUACACUCCUUUAAGAGUUGGAGUGAGUUUUUGCCGAUGGUAGAGUUUGCCAUCAACAACUCGGUGCAUGCGUCCACGACACAUACACCGUUUUACGUGAAUGGCUUGCGCCAUCCGCGUGUACCCACCUUACUAGAGUGUAACUCUGGUUUAAGGGGGGGAGGGACUCGCGCGAGCAAAAACCGAUUUGGUUCACGCUCAUCACGCUCUGACGAAGAAGUCAUUGCGUUUGAUGCCGAUAUCGAUAACAUCGAUAUCGAAGAAGAUGAUGCCAUUGGGAGUGCGGAAGCCCUCACUGAAGACAAUGAUCCCAGUGAGAGUGCGGAAGCCCUCACUGAAGAAAAGGUUGUUGUCGCUGCAGUGCGCUCACAGCACACUGAAGCUAACGAGUCAUCAGAUGAGUUCAUACUGGCUCGUGAAACGGUAGUCCGUUUUGUGCAAGACUCCAUCGCCGAAGCGGUGACUUAG